CGCUUGUGUGCGAGGAAACAUGAGCGCGGCGACAUAUUCAGAGUCCCGGGCGGAGCGCUGCAGGUCCGCGCUUAAAGCCGCGGAGGAGCCGCGCGGCGCGGAGUUUGGGCUCGGGACCUCCGGAGGGGAACAGAUGAGCGGGGCAUGGGCGAGAGGACACUGGAUUACUGCUCUACACCGCGGACUGACUCAGGGGGAGGCAGACACAGUGGCGCACUGUGAGGCACCCGAGGGGACGCUGACGUUUUUGCGCAAGUCGGACACUAUCUGGCCCGAGAUGAACACCAUCGUGUUCAACAAGCUGAGCGGACAAGUUCUGUUCGAGGAGAAGGCCAACGAGGUGGAGAUGAGCAGCAGGAACUACCUGGAAGUCAUGGACGGGCAACAUCCGGACCUCCUGCCGGGCAACCAGACCAUCAGGGACAACCAGGCCAUCAGACACCGGCGGAACGGGGGUCGCCCGGGCGGCAGCAAAGUGCGACACAAGCGUCAGGCCCUGCAGGACAUGGCGCGGCCCCUCAAGCAGUGGCUGUACAAGCACCGGGACAACCCUUACCCCACCAAGACGGAGAAGAUCCUGCUGGCUCUGGGCUCACAGAUGACUCUGGUCCAGGUUUCUAAUUGGUUCGCCAACGCCAGGAGACGCCUGAAGAACACGGUGAGGCAGCCCGACCUGAGCUGGGCGCUCAGAAUCAAGCUGUACAACAAGUACGUGCAAGGCAACGCCGAGAGACUGAGCGUCAGCAGCGACGACAGCUGCUCAGACGAUGGGGACAACCCUCAGAGGAGCCAGAGUGUCCCCGGGGAGCUGACCAAGCCCCUGUACCAGAGUGUCAUCAAGAAGGAGGGCUCGGCCAUGAUGGGCAUGACCAUGGGAGCCGGCCUGCGCUCGCCCACCGACGCCGCCUCGCUGGCCGACGACUACGUGUCCCCGCCCAAGUACAAGAGCAGCCUGCUGCACCGCUAUCUCAACGACUCGCUUCGCCACGUCAUGGUGGCCAACGCCGUCAUGGACGCUCGCAAGCGGAACCACUCGGGCUCCUUCAGCUCCAACGAGUACGACGACGAGCUGCUCUCGCCGACCUCCUCCGAGGCCGAGGCCAACUUUGUUUAUCGCGCUGAAACCGCCGAGCACGGAUCAAGUAAAUGUGACAACGUGGGCGCGGCGCACAAAGAGAAGGGCAAAGACGAGACGUACUGGAAAGAGAUGAACGCCGCCAUGGCCCUCACCAACCUGGCGCAGGGCAAGGAGAGCGGCACCACCAGCUGCAUCAUCCAGAAGUCGUCCCACAUAGCGGAGGUGAAGACUGUCAAAGUGCAGAAGUAUUAGCAGCGCCACACUAUGCAAACAUUCCCCCUCUCCAAAGUACAAACUCUCCAUAGGACUUUUUUUUUUUUUUUUUUGCCUUGAAGAGUUUUUACUGCAGUAUUUCCGAAAACAAGACACUUUUUUUUUUGUAAUAUUAACUUAUUUGUAUUUUUUUAAUUUUUUUUUUUAUGCUGAAUGUGCAUUUUGCCAAAGUGCCUUUGCUCUUGUUGAUGACCGUCAGUCGCCAUUCAGGAAGUGGAAUCCUUGAAUGAGGUCAUCAAACACAGCAGUAAUUCUCCGAGGGCAUCUUUCAACUGGAAGUAUAACUCUUGCUCCUUACGACGUUGGAUGCAACUUCACCCUUCAGCUAGAAAGGAUGUUUUUUUUUUUUUUUCCUGGCCUUAUCUCUUGUUUGGACUCCUUCAAGAUAGAGCCAGGUGAACUCAAAUAAAAGUUUCACCCGAGCAGGACUUUUCACAUUUCUGUUUACAAGAAGCCAGCUGAAACGUUUGAUCCUUGACCCCGUCAUACGUGUAAGCAUCUGGGCGAAAAGAAGCUACGUGUCUACAGAGAGUUGUUCUCACGUCUUCAAGGUACUGUUUUUGUGUUGAGACCAGGAGUAUUGGGACCGCACAGAAAUGAAAAAAAAAAUAGUACAAUACUAAAUCCGAUUUGUAUUUCUUUCAAUAAAAUGACAUCUUAAAAAUACAUCUUAAAUGGGUGGGGAUUUUUAAGAAUAUUUUUUUUAGACAAAAUGUAUUUUAAGUCUUAUUUUUGUAGAGAAAAAUAUUUAAAUUUUAAUGUCCAACAUAGUUAUUUUAUUUUAAAAACCUAAGUCAGAUUUUUUUUUAUAAAAAAAAAAAAAAAUCUUAAAAUUCAUUUUAAAAGUGCUUUUUGUCGGGAUAGUGAUUUCUACAUACUUAAGUUAUUUUCUUCAAAUAAACAUGUACAUGGACAAACGAAACGUAAAAAAAAUUAGUACAAGACUGAAUUCUCAUUUGUGUUUUUUAAAACAAAUGUCAAUUUUAAAAUACAUCUUCAAUGUGUGGGGAUUUUUAGGAAUAUUUUUUCAGACAAAAUUUAUUUUAAGUCUUAUUUUUGUAGACAAAUAUAUUUAAAUUUUAAUA